AUGCCGGACCUCGAGGAGCUGGACGACAGCCCGCCGCCGCCGGAGCCGCGGUUCGUCGAGCGCGCGCCGGACGGACCCGAUGCGCUCCCGAGCGGCGGCGACGGCGCGAGCUCCGGAAACGUCGUCGGCGUCGCGUCGUCGCCGCACGGGCUCGACAUGGGAAAGCGCCUCACGCUCAGCGACGAGCUCCGGCGCUUGGGGAGUAGACGCGACGGCGACCGGUCCCCGGCGUCCGGGCACGACCGCGACCGCGACGGCGUCGAUUGGUGGGUCGACGAGCCGUCGACGUCGCGGUCCGCGGACGCGAGAUCCGGCGCGGGCGGAGGCGACCCCUCGUCGGGAAAGCGAUAUUCCGGUUCGGUAGACGAGGACGACGACGGAAUGAUCGUGAUCCACGGCGGCGGCGGCAGACGCGACGGCGACGGCGACGCGUGGACGCCGCACGAGACGACGAAGAAACCGAGGCCCCCUCGCGAGGGACGGACCGGGACCGGGAUCGCGGGCGUCGUGGGCGAAGACGACGUCGGCGCGGACGCCUUAGACGCGCAGAUGGACGCGUGGCUCCGACGCACCGUGGACGCGAUGCCGGUGAAACCAGACCACAUAAGCGGCGUCCGCAGGCCGUUAAUGAACGUCUCCCAAGUUGACGACACGACCGUGGACGUGACGAUGACGACGUCGUUUCGCGCGCACUUCUCGCAGCCCAUCAGCAGCUUCGCGAACGCGAACGACGCGCGACGAGGGACGCGGGCGUUGCCGCCCGCGGAGGGCGACGGCGGCGGCGUCCUCGGCGAGGGCGCGGUCGUCGCCGUGGGGGGGUCCAACGGGAUGGUCCCGGGGAGCAGCGGACGGUUUGGGAUCGCGUCGCCGGAUGAUUACGUCGGCGGGAAAGGCGGCGGAGAGAGCGGCGGCGGAGCGCGCGGGGGGUAUAUGGAGCUGCCGGACAUCGAACCCACGGUGUCCUUGGGCGCGGCGAAAGAGGAAGAGGCGGAAGCGAACGCGCUCGUGUCCGCGAAGGACGUCGCGCUGGAUAACGCCGUCAGGGAGUGGGAGGUGCGGCCGAGCGAGCUCAGGCUGCGCGAGAGGCUCGCCGUCGGCGGGUUCGCGGAGGUGUUCCGCGGGACUUGGAACGGCACCACGGUCGCCGUGAAACAGCUCCUGCAACGAGGCCCGGACGUCGUCGCGCGCUUACGAGAAGAAGUCCACGUCCUCUCGCGUUUGAGGCACCCGAACCUACUGCUGUUCAUGGGCUGGUGCCCGGAGCCGCCGUUGAUCGCGACGGAGUUCAUGAAGAGAGGGUCGCUGCACAACAUCUUACGGAAAAACAAGGGCCCGCUCGACGGCCCGCGGAUGCACCACUGCGCGCUGUCCGUCGCGCGAGGGAUGCACUACCUCCACUCGCGCUCGCCGCCUAUUCUGCACCUGGACUUGAAGUCGCCGAACAUCUUAGUCGACGACAAGUGGCGCGUCAAGAUCGCGGACUUUGGCCUCGCGCGCGUGCGGUCCAACACGUUGCUCUCGGGGAACAGCGCGUUUCACGGGACCCCGGAGUGGAUGGCCCCGGAGAUGCUGCGCGCGGAGAACUACGACGAGAAAGCGGACGUGUACUCCUACGGCGUCGUCCUCUGGGAGCUCCUCGCCGCGCAGACGCCGUGGAACGAGCUCCACCCGAUGCAAGUCGUCGCCGUCGUCGGCUACAGCGAGCGGAGACUCGCGUUGACCCCGGACGCGGAGGCGACGGCGCGGAGCGACCCCGCGACCGCGGUCAUCGGCGAUUUAUUCCACGCGUGCGCGAGCAAGCUCGCGACGGAGCGGCCGCUCUUCGCGGAGGUGCUCGAUCGCCUCGAGCGGGUGUUGACGUUGAUGCUCCCGGGGCCGAGCGCGACGGGGACCGACGCGACGGGGGCGGGGGCGGGGGCGGGGGCGGGGGCGACGCGCGCGGCGGGGGACGCGGCGCGGGAUCUCGCGAAAGCGAAAGCGGCGGCGGUGCGCGCCGCGCUCGAGGCGGCGGCGGACUCGCCGACGGCCAUGAAGGCGGAGGACGCCGAACUGGGAGGGGGGGAACUUGGAGGCGCGAAACCGGCGUACGUCGUCACCGAGCACGGGGACGAAUAG